AUGACCCAGGUGGAUCGAGUUUAUUCGGGACAACAUCUCAAUGACCAGUCUGUAUAUCACAGCGACAAUGGGUCCAGCUAUGAUGAAUCAUGCAUGGAAAAUGAGCGGAAGCCCGAUACAAUUCAGGAAGUACGGAAUGGAAUUGUGAAUGAGCGUGAUCUGGAUCUAGAAAAAGCUGAUGCUGCACUGCCUGAACUUGAGAAGUCGAGGACAGCGAGGUCGAAUCUGUCUCGUCACAACCCCAAACUAGUAACAUGGGAUGGCCCUGAAGACCCCGAAAACCCGAAAAACUGGAGCCAAAAGAAGAAAUGGGCUGCUGUCAUCACUGUGUCACUUUUCACAUUCAUUUCACCGGUCUCUUCGUCAAUGGUUGCCCCGGCACUGCCAUCACUGGCAGCGGACCUCAAUGUCACGAAUGAGGUAGUCUCGCAGCUAAUGCUCUCAAUCUUCGUAUUGGCCUACGCUGUUGGCCCAUUAUUCCUCGGGCCACUGUCAGAGAUCUACGGCCGAACCAUCGUUCUGCAGCUCGCCAACCUCUUCUUCCUAGUUUUCAACAUUGGGUGUGCCGUAUCACAAACAAAAGUUCAAAUGAUCGUCUGCCGAUUCUUCGCUGGACUAGGAGGCAGUGCCCCGCUAGCAAUCGGCGGCGGGGUCCUCUCAGACUGUUUCCGGGCGGAAGAACGCGGAAAGGGAAUUGCAAUAUACAGUCUUGCACCACUCCUGGGCCCAGCCCUCGGCCCCAUCGCCGGAGGCUUCAUCGCGGAAAAUACAACCUGGCGCUGGGUCUUCUAUGCAACCUCAAUCACCGACGGCCUGAUCCAAGUGAUGGGUCUCUUCUUUCUACGCGAGAGCUACGGCCCGAAAAUCCUCCUCGACCGCGCCAUCCGCCUGCGCCAGGAAACAGGCGACGAAGCCUACCAAACAGAGACCGAGCGCCAAAACAAGACCCUACCCGAAGUCCUGCGCAGCUCGCUAAUCCGUCCUUUUCGCCUUCUCCUCACCCAGCCAAUCGUCCAGGUCCUCGCCCUUUUCAUGGCUUACAUCUAUGGAAUCAUGUACCUGGUGCUCUCAACGUUCCCCACCCUAUGGACAAGCCCAAGAUACUACAACGAAUCGACCGGUAUUGGCGGUCUGAACUACAUCUCUCUUGGCCUGGGCUUUUGGCUCGGCUCGCAGAUCUGCGCCCCGCUCAACGACCGCAUCUAUCGCCGUCUCAAGGCCCGCAAUGCGGGUGUUGGAAAACCGGAGUUCCGCAUCCCAUUGCUCUUCGUCGGUGCCUUUCUUAUUCCCACUGGCUUGUUCAUCUACGGCUGGACCGCUCAGUACCAUUGCCAUUGGAUCGCCCCGAACAUCGGCGCUGUGCUGUUUGGUACUGGCAAUAUUAUUGCCUUCCAGUGUAUCCAGACUUACAUGGUUGAUACAUAUACACGGUUUGCGGCUAGUGCCCUCGCUGCUGGUGCAUUUCUGCGCUCAUUGGCUGGGUUUGGGUUUCCACUCUUCGCGCCGUAUAUGUAUAGCGCUCUGAAAUAUGGAUGGGGGAAUAGUUUGCUGGCAUUCGUGGCUAUUGUCAUCGGAGCACCGGCACCAGUGUUUUUGUGGAAGUUUGGGGAGACGCUGAGAAAAAAGAGUACGUUUGCAGCAGGCUAG